AUGUCUGGGCUUGAAAUAGCAGGCCUUAUUCUGGGGGCAAUGCCAGUUGCCAUUGAGGCACUCAAGUCAGGGAGCCAAGGAAUAGCGAUACUCCGACGAAGCCGCAGGUACGAGAAUGAACUGGAGAGGCUGGUUAAUAAGCUCGAGAAUGAACGCGUGAGGCUUCAAGACGUGUCUGAGAAAGUUCUUAUAGAUCUUGUGCCUCACUCGCGAAUAGAGGAGCUGAUCCAAAAUCCUGAUGGCAUGUUCAACGAUGACCCCGAACUUAGAGCCAAACUUCGAAGGCGAUUGUGGAAAGGUUUUGAUCUCUUCGAUCAGACCUUGAAAGAUAUCAAUGUCACCAUGAACGAGGCCAUAAACCGUAUUAGUGUCCAGAUCCAAGAUGAGUCCAACAUCAGAAGAUCACUUCGACACUCGUUCCUUGACGACUUAUUAUCUCGGAUCAAUGAAGGGGUUUCGAUUCUCGAGCAGCUCGUGGACAGGAGCAUACAACUCGAGCCGGAUAGGAACAGCCGUUUCCAGGGCAAAUUCCUAUGUUUCGUACGCAAUUUAGCAUGCCAGCUCUCUUGUGCGUUACAAGCCAGCUUUCAUUGCACUUGCGGACACCAAAUCUGUUUACAGCUCGAGAGACGAUCCCCAGACAUGGUCCCUGGCGAUACAGGAGAUGAUGCUGUCAAAUACAUCGGGUUUCACCUUGCUCUCUCGUAUAAAGGGCCUUCUACAAAGCCUGGCAUUAUCUCGGGUCGGGUUACGAUGUGGUCAGAGGUGUUUGCCAAACCGAGCCCGCUAUCUCCUCCAGAAGCCUUGGCUAUUACUAUUCAGCCAAAGCUAAAAGAUCACCUGAAGGCUUCUAAGGGAAACAACAGUCCAAUCUACAGCCAAUACCUUGCUUCACCCAUGAAUGGCUCGGCCAAGCUCCAGGCCGACUCUGUCGAGCUUAAGUCAGUGGUCAACCACCCGCAACGUUCUACUAGAACCGUGGAUCUAUGUCAGAGUAUCACACGGCCCAUUGAACCUGGCACCAAGACAUCAUAUGGUAUGAUCUUCGAUGCAUCAACCCCAGAAACGUAUACAUACCAUGUAUCCUCAGUCAUCCUCAGCAAAUACCGAACACAGUGUGGUAGGACUGUAACAUCCUUGAAGGAAGUUAUCGGCCAGAACCGGCGAUACAUGAUUCUCUCAGAACAAGACAGACUCAAACUAGCCGCGGUUAUAUCUUCGAAUCUUCUUCAACUUCAUGGAAGUCCAUGGAUGCCGAAAGUCAUCCGCAGCCAAGAUAUCUACUUGAUCCAAAGCGAUAAUGACCCCAUUUGCGAUCGCUUUUUUGUCAAGCAGACUCUGCCAAACAAAGCCGGUCCUUUUAUCGAAAAUAACACGGAGUUGAGUUCCAUGAGGAACCAGGCAUUGUUUUAUCUGGGUGUACUUUUGAUCGAGUUGGCCUUUGGCAAAUCAUUUGAGCUGCUGCGAAGUGAACGGGACAGGUCAAGUACCGGUUCUCAAUUCUUCACAGACUACAGAACCGCGAAACGUUUGGUAGAUCAAGUCAAGAGCUUCAUAGGGCCAAGUUACGGAAGUGCAGUGUCAAGGUGUAUUGAUGGAGAGUUCCACGGACGAGGAGUAGGUCUUGAAGAUCAAGAUCUUUCUCACGAUGUAUACGCUGGAGUCGUGGCGCUGCUGGAGAAGGAAUUGGAAGGCUGA